AUGGAUGCCGGUGUCGAUGCGAUCGAUAUCGAUGAUGAUGAUGACGAUGAUGCUGGUAUAUUCAGCAUCGCCAACGACUGCCACAGUGAUGAAGAUGAUGCCCUCACUGGUGAAUACAACGUUCUUUCAGCAGUGCACACAAAGCGCUCUGCUGUUGACAAGGAUGAAUCAGCAGAGGAAUUUCCGCUGACUCGCGAAGCGGUUGUCCGCUUCGUUCAAGACUCAAUUGUAGAUGCACUGGACAGACAGAAAAGAAAUGCAGACAAACAUGGAAGAGCAAAUACUCUUUCAUUUGAUGAAGGGAACCUAGCUUUACUGUCUACAGUAAACCUACCGAAACACGCAGUGACAAACGUGGGCAGCAGUAAAUUACUGCCCAAGUACAUUGGUCCAUUAUGCGUGUUGCGCCGAAUGGGCAACGCAUAUACGAUCGAACUGCCUCUCAAGAUGCGUACGCAUCCUUCGUUUUACGUUGGUCGUCUCCGCCAGAACUAUCAGUGCGAGCCCAUUACAAGAUGCGAAGAACACCUCCGCGGUCGAGAGCCGAUACCACCUUCGAGCAGUCCCGUUUCAACGAGCCAGUCUGGUCAACUAGCGAAGUGA